UGAGCAGUUGUCAUGUCAAUUCGUCGCUGUCAAAAAGUUGUGUGUUGUGUUUUUGUGAAAAGAUUUAUUUUAAUUUUUAAGUUUAAAUUAAAUUGCGAUGAAAACAGAUUGUAAAUAAAAUUAUACAGAAUGUUCAAUAUAAAGAAUUACGGGAGCAGUUCAGAAGACGAUUCAGAGAAUGAAGGUACUAACACGGAAAAUAGCAAUGAGACUAUGCUAACACAUUUGAAGCCCGUUGAUUCCAGUUUAUCCCUCGCUAAAAAAAUGGAAAUAUGUUCUGCACCUUUAGUAACACCUACUAACAAUGAAGAUGAAAGAGUACUAGUAAACAAUAACCAAGAACUCAUGCACAAUCCUAAAUAUGAAGAGCUAUUUGCACCUACCUAUGGCCCAGAAAAUCCAUUCCAAACACAACAAAUGAAAGCAACAAGAAACAUGCUCUCUGGUUAUGUUGAGAGGGCACACAUAAGUGAAUUUCAGUUUGAGAACCAGAGAAGGACAUUUACCAGCUAUGGGUUUGCUAUAGAUCCAUCUACAGAACCUACCACUGAUGAAAAGGGGGAUGCUAUUGUUGUAUCGGCAAUGAUAGCACCACCAGUUGAAACAGAAGGCAAGACUGUGUUUGAAACAAUUAAGAAGAGACCUCUGGACAAGAAGAAAAGGAACAAAAAUGACAAGCCUGAGGAUGUGACUGGUUUUCUUGGACCUUGGGGUGGUUAUGAGGGUGAAAGAAGAGUUAUGAAACCAGAGGGCGAUGAAGCGAAAGAGUUAGAGGAGAUACUUGCGAAGCGACAGAAGAAAGGCAAAGUUGACGAUGACAAACCAUUGGAAGAGAAGUGUAUAUUACACAUUGACAAAGCCACUGACUACUUGGGUAGGUCGUGGAUCGAGGCUCCCAGAAGUGAAACACAAUUACGCAGUGACACUCCACCAGACAAAUGUUUCCUGCCCAAGGCACACAUCUUCACGUGGAAGGGCCACACGAAGGGCGUGGCCGCGGUACGCUGGUACCCCAACACCGCACACCUCAUGCUCUCCGCUGGUAUGGACUGUAGGGUUAAGAUAUGGGAAGUGUACGGUGAUCGUCGCUGCGUACGGACCUACUUCGGCCAUCGGCAGGCAGUCCGAGAUGUCAACUUCAAUAACUCCGGCAAGAAAUUCCUAUCAGCGGCGUACGACCGCUACAUCAAGCUGUGGGACACGGAGACCGGCGAUUGCAUAUCGCGGUUCACAUCGCGCAAGGUGCCCUACUGCGCCAAGUUCCACCCGGACGAAGACAAACAGCACCUAUUCGUGGCCGGCACCUCCGACAAGAAGAUCAUAUGCUGGGACACCCGCAGCGGGGAGAUAGUGCAGGAGUACGACCGCCACCUCGGCGCCGUCAACACCAUCACCUUCGUCGACGACAACCGCCGCUUCGUCUCCACCUCCGACGACAAGAGCUUGAGGGUUUGGGAGUGGGACAUCCCGGUGGAUAUGAAGUACAUAGCCGAUCCGUCGAUGCACUCCCUGCCAGCCGUGACCAACGCGCCCAACGGCAAGUGGCUGGCGUGCCAGUCCAUGGACAACAAGGUGGUGGUGUUCAGCGCCCUCAACCGGUUCAAGCUCAACCGGAAGAAGACCUUCGUGGGGCACAUGGUCGCCGGGUACGCCUGCUCCGUGGACUUCUCACCGGAUAUGAGCUACCUGGUGUCCGGUGACGCAGAUGGCAAAUGCUACAUAUGGGACUGGAAGACCACGAAACUUUAUAAGAAAUGGAAGGCGCACGACGGCGUCUGCAUCACCUCUUUGUGGCAUCCACACGAGCCGAGUAGACUGCUCACCGCGGGCUGGGACGGUGUUAUUAAGUACUGGGAUUAAAGAGAAAUAAGCUGUGAUGGCGCGUCGAUCAUUACUAAUCCUUGUGGUUUAGUCCUUAUAUAGAAGUGCGUUUCAACCGAUCAUCGGGCUAAUUCUGUAUGUCAGUUGACACAAGCUGGUGGCUAGCACUGCGGAAAGUUGCCACCAAAUAACCUGUUAAAUCUAUGCUUUUCAUUCUGAAAUCUAAGUUCCCAACUGAGUUCAUUUCAACUCGCGGAUACAAUUACGUUAUGUUUAAUAGUGGGCGUUAUUUGAUGGCAAAUUUUCAGUGACAAGGCUAGAUUUGAUGUCAACUUAGAUAUAUAAUAGCCCUGCAGAUCGGUUGAAACGCUACUUACUACCAUCGCUUAAAGCAGUAUUAUUUAAAAAAAUUGACGUUUCGUUGCAGUCAAGGUAUGUUAAAUAAACUGCCAUUUUAGGCGAUUUUUUUUAAUCGAUGGUUGUAAGUGUAAAGCAGAGGUGGGCACUUCGAGCCACUUGUAUUUUAUUAAGUCAAUAAACAAUCUGAAUGUCAGUUGUUAACAGAUCUCUAUAGUUCUAAAUCUAAAUAGUGCUGUCUUUUAUACGUUUUAAGGGUUAUUUGGGGAUUUGAUAAAUAUGAAGUUUUACAAUCCUUACAAAAUUUAAGAUUUACACAAGUGCCUUUGUUUUCUGGAACAAAUUCAAUAACCCAAACGAACCCGCUAAAGUGUGCAAAUUUACGCCCCUCUUUCGACCAAUCACAAGUCUCGCUCAAACCAGUGCCUUGCAAUUGGUCGUAAAUUUGCAAGCCACUGCGGAUGCUGGUUAGACGCGCUAGUUUGGCCUUGGCAUAGCUUUUAUGAAUGUCUUUGAUAUUCCUACACGUCUCAGCUUCGCUUCAGUGAUAACUGAUAACGCAUCUAACACUGAACUUUGACAUUUCCAAUGUUCAAACUUUAUUUUUUAGGUAAUUAUUUAAUAAAUAAUAACAGAACAAGUGUAAAUAAAAUAUUAUUUACUUAAUAUUCAUUGGAAGAAAACAACAUUAGUAAAGCUGUGGACUAAGAUCUUAUAAGCCUAUUUGAUGAUAUAAUGAAUGAGGGAAUUUUGGGACUAAAACAUAACAAACAAAAGUUCAAGGCUUUUGUUGCAUGUAAACAUAUGAGGCAAAUAAAUGAUACCAACGCCAAA